UCUAUGGUAGGAAGGGACUGAUGCAGUAACAAGACCAAGCUGACGGCCCAUGGGCUCCAACUCUGCGCGACAGACAGCAAGUCUGUCAAACCGAGCUUCUCAAGUAUAUAUUUGGCAAGAAAACCGUUAAACAACUUUUUUGGUUCAAAGUCAUACUAAACUGGUCACCAGUAUGUGGAUAACACCCGAAGAGGUGUUGCUUGCCAAUGCUCUAUGGGUUAGCGAAAGGGCGAACCCCUUCUUCAUUCUACAGCGAAGAAAGGGACAUGGUAAAGGAGGAGGCAUCACUGGGUUGCUAGUGGGGACGCUGGAUGUUGUAUUGGACUCAAGCGCUCGUGUGGCUCCCUACAGGAUCUUGCAUCAGACUGGGGAUUCUCAAAUCUUCUGGAGCAUUGCCUGUGGCUCCUCCAGAAAAGAGAUCACAGAGCACUGGGAGUGGCUCGAGGCCAACCUGCUCCAAACGCUGUCAAUCUUCGACAAUGAAGAUGACAUCACCACCUUUGUCAAAGGGAAGAUCCAGGGCAUCAUGGCGGAGGAGAAUAAGAGCCGGCUUGCGCAGGAGGACGAGGACUCGGGAAAGUUCCGCGAGGCGGAGCUGAAGAUGCGGAAGCUGUUUGGGAUGCCUGAGGAGGAGAAGCUGGUCAACUACUACUCCUGCAGCUACUGGAAGGGCCGUGUGCCGCGGCAGGGCUGGCUCAGCGUCAACCACAUCUGCUUCUACUCCUUCCUGCUAGGAAAAGAGGUGACCCUGAUAGUGCAGUGGACGGACGUGACUCAGCUGGAGAAGAACGCCACACUGGUAUUCCCGGAGAGCGUGCGUGUGAGCACGCGCGACACGCAGCACUUUUUCUCCAUGUUCCUCAACAUCAACGACACCUUCAAGCUCAUGGAGCAGCUGGCCAACAUCGCCAUGCGCCAGCUGCUGGACAACGAGGGCUUCGCCGCUGACCGCUCGCUGCCCAAGCCCUGCAAGACUCUCAAGAACGUCUCCGCGCUCAAGAGGGACCUGGAUGCCAGGGCGAAGAACGAGCGCUACCGGGCCCUGUUCCGCCUGACCCACGACGAGCGCCUAGACGGGCACACCGACUGCACUCUCUGGACGCCCUUUGCCAAGAUGCAUGUGGUGGGCCAGAUGUUUGUGUCCAACAACUACAUCUGCUUUGCCAGCCGUGAGGAAGACAUGUGCCAACUCAUUAUCCCUCUGAGGGAGGUGUCCAUCGUGGAGAAGGCGGACAGCAGCAGCGUCCUGCCCAGCCCCUUGUCCAUCAGCACCAAGAACAAGAUGACCUUCCUGUUCGCCAACCUGAAAGACCGCGACUUCCUGGUGCAGCGCAUCUCUGACUUCUUGCAGCGCACGCCUGAACGGCUGUGGAGCGAAGGCGAUCAGCUCCCGCUAAGCGGCCAAUCAGGGACGCCCAGCCCCACCACCCCCACCUUUCCGUCCAGCCCGCUCUCCUUGGGGGCAGGGGAGCCCCUACAACAGCACCAGCCGCAGCCGCAGCAGCGUUACUACUGCCCCGACCUGCCCACUGCCAAGCAGGGCCUCCUCCGCAUCUACCAGACGGACGUGCCUGAGGAGAUCAUGGGCCCCAAGGCUACAAAAGAGAAGAUGAAGGAGGAGGCCUGGAACAUCCACUUCUUUGAGUUUGGCCGAGGGGUGUGCAUGUAUCGCACCUCUAAGACCCGGGAGCUGGUGCUCAACGGCAUCCCGGAGAGUUUGAGGGGGGAGCUGUGGCUACUCUUCUCUGGUGCCCAGAAUGAGAUGGCCACCCACCCGGGCUACUACGCUGAGCUGGUGGAGCAGGCCAUGGGCCGCUGCACGCUGGCCACCGAGGAGAUCGAGCGGGACUUGCACCGCUCCAUGCCCGAGCACCACGCCUUCCAGAACGAGAUGGGCAUCGCUGCUCUCCGCCGCGUGCUGACCGCCUACGCCUACCGCAACCCCAACAUCGGCUACUGCCAGGCGAUGAACAUAGUGACGUCUGUGUUGUUGCUGUAUUGCACUGAAGAGGAGGCCUUUUGGCUGCUGGUGGCUCUGUGUGAAAGAAUGCUGCCGGACUACUACAACACCAGGGUCGUAGGGGCCCUGGUGGACCAGGGUGUGUUUGAGGAGCUGACGCGUGAGUGUCUGCCACUGCUCUACGAGCACAUGCAGGAGCUGGGCGUCAUCUCCACCAUCUCGCUCUCCUGGUUCCUCACGCUCUUCCUCAGCGUCAUGCCCUUCCACAGCGCCGUGCUGCUCGUCGACUGCUUCUUCUACGAGGGCAUCAAGCUCGUCUUCCAGGUCUCCCUGGCCGUGCUGCACGCCAACAUGGAGCUGCUGAUGGCCUGCAACGACGAGGGCGAGGCCAUGACCAUCCUGGGAAGGUAUUUGGAUAAUGUUGUGAACAAGCAGACCGUGUCUCCGCCCAUUCCCCACCUCCACGCCCUGCUGACCAGUGGGGACGAGCCACCGCCAGAGAUUGACGUCUUUGAGCUCAUCAAGGCCUCCUAUGAGAAGUUUGGCAGCCUCCGUGCAGACGUCAUUGAGCAGAUGAGGUUCAAGCAGAGGCUAAAGGUCAUCCAGUCCCUGGAGGACACGGCCAAGAGGAGUGUGGUGAGGGCCAUCAUGACUGAUUCAGCCUUCACCAUUGAGGAGUUGGAGGAGCUGUAUGUCCUGUUCAAGGCCAAGCACAUCAUGAGCUGCUACUGGGGUGCGAGCAGCACAGCGGCAGAGCGCCACGACCCGAGCCUGCCCUACCUGGAGCAGUACCGCAUUGACCUGGGUCAGUUCUGCCAGCUCUUCUCCGCACUGGGUCCCUGGGGCUGCGGCAUCCACACGCCCACGCUGGCCUCGCGCCUCUUCCGCCUGCUCGACCAGAACAAGGACGGCCUCAUCAACUUCAAGGAGUUCGUCACGGGCCUCAGUGGAAUGUAUCAUGGAGACAUGACCGAGAAACUCAAGCUCCUCUACAAACUCCAUCUGCCUCCAGCUUUGUGUCCAGAAGAGGCAGAGUCAGCACUGGAGGCAACACAGUUCUUUACAGAUGAUGACACACUCCAGGAUUCUCCCUUCCUGUCUCAUCUGGAUUUCCUGGUGCAGGAAGUUACUGAAGGUGAAGAGGUGAAGGAGGCAGGAGACUCUGGAAAUGGCGACUCUGAAGACAAGAAAGAGGAGAAAGUGAAGGACUAUAAAUAUUACCUAAGAAUGUGGGCCAAAGAGAAGGAACCCAAAAAAGAGACGAUCAAAGACCUGCCCAGGAUGAACCAGGAGCAGUUUAUUGAGCUGUGUAAGACGCUCUACAACAUGUUCAGCGAGGACACCCUGGAGCAGGAGCUCUACCACGCCAUUGCCACUGUGGCCAGCCUCUUGCUGCGCAUCGGUGAGGUGGGCAAGAAGUUCUCCAACAAUGGGUCCGGCAAGAAAGUUCUAGAACCCCCAGCCCAGCCCCAGCCUCCGCCUUCAGCCGACGGCCCAGAGAGGGAGGACUCCAAUGGGGAAGGCAGCUCGGGGCAGUCCCUGAUCUGCAAGGCUCUGGCGGAGGCCCAGUUGGAGACGGUGGGGCCCCCUGGAGGAGGUCCGUCAGGAGCCGGAGGCUCGGACGAGGAAGGGAAGGACGACACCUCGGUCUCAUCCUACUCGGUGGUGAGCGCUGGCGAGCUCCAGUGCGAGGACAUCGCCGACGACACCGUGCUGAUAGGCUGCGGCGGAAACGGGGCGGGGGAUAAAAGGCGAGGGAGCGCGCCGGACGCCGACUGGUCCAUCACCUUCGAGCAAGUGCUGGCCUCCAUGCUGACGGAGCCGGCCCUGGUGGACUACUUUGAGAAUAAGCGGGACAUCCAAGGCAAGAUGGCUGCCUGCAAGACCCAGAGGGCUGUGGAGAGGCAGAUCAGCUCUUCGAGUGACCAUGAGCUGGCCCAGCUGUCCACCUGAAAGAACGCCCACCAACAGACGCGGCCGAGUUGCACUCUCGCUUACACAUACACCCAUACACACGUGUGUGUAUUUGUGAGGGAGAGUGCGCGUAGACACACAUGUAUAAUAGUAUGUGUACAGUACGUGUGAAUGCAGGCCCAUAUCAGCAGGCGAAGGGGAGGUAUGUGGCUACGCAAACAUGCAUGUCUGAUAAUAGCAUGCAAUUUUCCACGCACUUCUGUGUACUUUACACGUGGGUGUGUGUCUACGUCAACGUAUGCAAUGUGAUGGGCAAAAGUGUUUAUUUGUAGACACAGGCAAUGACCUUGGUUUGCUAUGGAACCUCCAUUCUAUUCCAUCCCAUUCUCGUUAUCAGCCCAGAUAUGUCAGCCCUGUCCAGGUCUGUCCCUCCACGGGGAACCAGACACCGAUUAGAUCAUGGCUCCACAGGCUGUAUAGUUGCUUGUCGUUCUUCAGCCAUGGGGAACCAUCCAUGAGUUGGGCUCAGGGCCCAACAGCUCUGAUUCAGUUGUUGAUAUUUGGGGUCUUGUCACCUCAUCUAAACAUGAGGCCUUGUACCAUUUGGGUUUUUUUUGUGGCUUUGUUUAGUCUUUUCUUCUGUUUUUUUUGUUGAGAGACACUAUACACACGUCUGUAAGAUGGGGCUGUCCCAGUUCAGCAGGUUCAUCUAGACCCUCAUCACUGUAAUUUAUGUGCCAUUACCUGGAUGGAUCUGUGCAGUGAAGCAGUGUUUCAGUACGGUUUGUGUCAGAACUAAUCUUACACUAAAGCUUUGGUUGGUGAUGCUAGACUGUAAGAUCUUUGUUUUAGAGAGGGACUCACAUUAGACAUUCCCUGCAGAGGGCAACAGGAUAGGGUUUUGUUUAGCUCUUGAGCAGUGUCUGGAUGCCAGCAUGUCAUCUUCAAAGUGUCAUCUUCUGUGUGUGUGUGUGUGUGUGUGUGUGUGUGUGCGUGUGUGUUGUUUGUGUGUGUGUGUGUGUUAACAUUUAAAGCUUCCUUGACGCUGUUGAGGACUUUGCCUAGCAACCUGCAACGCUCACAACCCCAGUACAGAAUAGAGAAAGUGGAAGUUCCAUAAGGUUGUUCCUGGGCCAGUAGCAUAUGCCGUGGUAUUAUUUUAACUCUGCCUUUAAUUGGCAAAAUGUCUGUCAUCAGCAACAAUAAGAGGUUAUUUGUUGAGUUGGUCAGUAUUAAUAGGUUCUCUUCUUUAUGUGAAAGUUUUUCCUGUAAAUCUCUACUCCGUUGCUAUAAUUGGACCAUAGCUUGGUAAAAAUGUAAUAACGCCAGGCAAAUCUUUAUUGUUAUUCAAAUACGUAACACUAUCAGACGGGCCUCAUAAUCACAAUGCACAAAUUGGUUUACACUACUACUGGUAGUUACAACUGUUUAUUUCUAAUCAAGUGGAAAUACCAUUGAUUACACAGUAUUUGGAAAUGGUCCACAGUGCAGUUAUCUAGUAUUACAUAUGAUGGGCAGGAUCUGUUCGGCGGAUGUCGUUAGACCAAUCUGUAUUAUUUGCUUAUAAAUUGCUGGCUUUUAGAGUUUCUAGUCUGUGCAUUUGUUCAAAACAUUUCACCAAAUCUAAGCAGGUCAUGUAAUUCCAUGUAACAUUUUUGUUUCUAUCAGAAUUUAUUUGGGAUAACUGAUUACUUUUACUCACUGCUCAAACACACAUAAAUGUAUGUGCUAAUCUUUAUGCAAAGCUAUUCAUUUGUCUUAAGCUGUAUAUAGAAGCAUAUCAUAUUUUCUUAUAUAAAGUGUUUUAUUGUUAAAAGUCUAUGUAAUACAAUGUAACUUUUAUCCUAUUUUAAAAAGCAUCCUCGAUUCUCUUGAUUUUAAACAUAUUUUACAUUGUAAGCAAGAUUGUUAUUCAAUAAAGUACCUUAAUUUUACUCAUGUUCCUACACCAAAUACAGUGGCUUAUAUCUCUAGCUGCUUUUCAUGGAUAAGACAUGUUCCACUGUGUUGAGACUGAGAACUAAAAGUGUACUGCGUCCGGUGUCCCUGUUACCGCAGGUCUUUUGUGAGUUUGCCUGUAGCAGUUAUAAUUAACUCAAUAAUUCAAUCUCUGACUUUUGAUGUCGUACAUAAUCCUCAUCAAUGGAUUUAUGCCUGUAAGACUGAAGCCUGGUAAAGAGGUGUAAUGUGUAUGUUUUCCCCCAUUGAGAUUACAUUUGUAUGUUUUAUUUUCCUUCUCACUUUAACAUACUCUCCCUUUACUUACCCAACACACUGAUGGUGAAUUAGAAAAGUCCGCCUUGGUAUGUGUCUGUAUUUCCACGUGCAUCUUAACUGUGAAAAUGCUUUAACAGAAACAGACUGCUUGUGACUGGCUACUUCACGUUUACAUGCUUACAGGUGUCUCACAGUAGUUACCACACACCCACCCCUUUGCCAGUUCCAUGUGAAAAUGUUCACCAGUGUCGGUGUUUGGUGCCUCAAAUACCAAGUAUCGUCUCCACAGACUACAUGGAGUUAUUUAUUUCAUAAUGCUACACUAGGUGGUUUUCGAUGAUUAUUGAACUGUACUGUAUCACAUCAUCUUGUGUAAUAAACGAAAGUACCAUUAAA